UGGCCAGGAACAACACUGAACCUGUUGAAGUUUCCAAUUAUUAAUCCUACAUGUGACAGGAUAUUCCAAAGGCAGGAGAGGCUGAAAGAGGAGGCAACAAAAACAGAAGAUCAGCUAAGCAGUGAAGAAAAAAAGUACCUUAAUCACCUUAAAAAGCAAGGUUACUUAGUGGGCAGAGUUGGAAGAACUUUUCAACGGCGGAAGUCUGCCUCUGUGGUUGACUUCGACCCCGACAUGCUCUCGUACAGCGUAGAUGAGGAUCCCAGACAUUCCCCCAGGAAGCGUGAGGAAAGGGAAGAGUUCACAUACAACGAAGUGAAGGAUGCUCGCUGGUGUUUUGACACUCCAGGGAUUGUAAAGGAAAACUGUGUUUUAAAUCUCCUGACAGAGAAAGAAGUAAAGCUGGUUUUGCCAACACAUGCCAUUGUUCCACGGACCUUCAUUCUCAAGCCAGGAAUGGUCUUGUUUUUAGCAGCCUUGGGACGUGUAGACUACUUACAGGGAGAAAAGCCUGCCUGGUUUUCUGUCGUGGCUUCUAACCUGUUGCCAGUUCGCAUUUCUACCCUGAGUAAGGCAGAUGAUCUUUACAAGAAGCAUGCUGGCCAAGAAUUACUAAAGGUUCCCAUGGGUGGGGAAGAGCGAAUGAAAGAGUUCCCCCCGCUUGUCCCUCAGGAUAUUACACUGAAAGGAGUUGGUACCACUGAGGCAGUUGCAGAUAUCAAGCUUUCCUCUGCAGGCUGGGUGGCAGUGACGGCUCAUGCGGAAGAGAAACUGCUGCUCCGAGCCUACACGCCUAAGGGCACUGCGUUGGUGGUGCGGGAGCCUCCCCUUUUGCCAUACAUCAGUGCCAUCAGAGGGGCCCGGAUUGCAGGCACUGCUGCUUACAGGACCAAAAAGCCUCCUUCCCUGGUGGAAAACCUGAAAACCACAGGGAGGAAAUAGCACUUCUCAUCAUCUGAGCAAGAUAGAAGUCAGAACAGCCUCUGGAGAAGCUUGUUGCUUUUUGAUAUUCAGGAGAGCUUGGACUCCUUUUUGAAAGCAGGCCGGGGAGGGGGAAGUAAAGUGCCUGAUUCAGGACUCCACAAGUCUGCUCCUGAUCCAGCUACCGAACUGCAGCCAUUUUGGAUAAGCUGAGUGGCUGGUACCUUGCAUAGAGAGGUCAAACAGCUUCUCCCUGAGACCUGCCAGUAUCUGUGAGCACGUCCCUUUACCUGUUCCCUCCUGAAGUACGGGAUGGAAGCUCACCUGCCUGCCCUGGGCUGGCUUUGCUGCUCAUAGAGUAGGUCUGCUUUUGCAGACAUGCUCCCGCAGGUCAGAAACCAUCACCUUGUUCUUGGAGGCCAUACCAUAAAGGCAUUUCCAGAGUUGAAGGAGGUGGAGGGAGUGGGGAGGAGUGGUGAAUGCUCCAGCGCGGAGCAUGCUAGUGGCUGAUAGUAAUUCAAGAACAUUGACCAAGAAUCAGCUCCCUUCAGUCCUUCAACAUCUGGGGGAGAUGAGGGAGUGCAGUGCCCUGCUUUUGCACAAAGAAAAGGUGAAUUAAUGAAAAGUAGGCUGCUCACAUGUCUGAAGAGGAAACAUUUGCAACUUGCUGCUUUGAUUUGGUUUCUGUAGUUUGUGUAAAGGUUUCUGAAACUGAGG